UGCACGUAUUGCAUACAUAUACAUAUGCUUAAGUCGGCUCACACAGUCACUAUCUGUGAGCACGUUAAGGAGCGCGUAUCAACGCCGUCAAGUUGAGAUAAUGACGUCCUGUGCGUGGUACCGAGAUGACGAUGAAACCAAUCUCCGAGCCCCCCCACAAACUGGAUCCACCGCAGUAUCUGAACAUUGAAGAGCUGUACCAGAAGACGGGUGUCCGGUAUGAGAAGAUUCCAGAAUCCGUGUGCGACGACAACGAGGCUGUAGAGCGAAUACCGUCUGAGCGGAAGUAUUUAUUCCAUGACUACAUGGAGAUGGAUCGCGACACCUUGAAGGACUACGACAAGAUGAUGAAGGUGUUCUAUGAUGAGCACUUGCACGAAGACCCCGAGAUUCGCCUGAUAGUGUCUGGGGCAGGCUUCUUCGAGGUCCGCAGCAUCGAUGACCGGUGGGUGCGCAUCCACGUUCAGAAAGGAGAUCUACUGGACCUCCCACCCGGCAUAUGGCAUCGCUUUGUGCUGGACGAUAAGGACUACAUUAAGAUGCUUCGGCUAUUCUCGGAGACACCCAGUUGGGAAGCUGAGUUCCGGACAAAGGUGGAAAACCCACCAGCACGUGAUCGCUACCGAAAAGCAAUGGCAGCCAUUGCUUAGCAACACUUACAUCAACGGCUCGUGUUUUGUCUUCCAACAUCUACGACGUCAGAAAUUCAUGUACAUUCCAACAGAUUUUGAAUAAACGAACAAUACCGAAA